CCUCCUGUACUGUAGAAUGUAGUAUGGACCAUAGGACAGGACGUUAAGAAGCUGUGGAGGCCUAAGAUGCUCUACUAGUCUGCUGGAAAUCCAAAGAAGACGAAGGAGUCAAAAGCAAAAUGGCGUUUGACAGAGAAGGCCUAAACGUGGCCACUGGCCAUUAUUGUUUCUCUAUUUGUAUUUAGUGCAUACAUGUACGCAUAUAUGUCGUGUAGUAGAUGAAACAUUGUUAGUCAUUGUUUGUAUCCGGAUACAUUAGUCUGAGCGCACUUUAUCAAGUCUUGUGCUAGUUAGCUUAGCUGGCUAGUUAGCUUAGCUUGUUAGCUGCUAACAAAGAGACGCGGACGUUAUCAACACAUCGCUAAGUAGAGAUCAAAUGUGAGUGUAAAGUGUUGUGAUUGUGGGAAAAUGUGCGAAAGAACGAUAGCAAAGUAUGAGGAGGAACUUUGUCCAACAAAAGAGGAGAAGGAGCGACAACAUCAACUACUGGACGCUGUUUUCAAGAAACAUCAAGUUGUGUUACACAGAACAGACGUCCAGCAGCCCCCUCACAUUAAAGAGGAAGAGGAGGUUCCACAGCCGCCCCACAUUAAAGAGGAAGAGGAGGAAGUGUGGAUCACUCAGGAGGGAGAGUGUCUUCUAGGGCAGGAGGAGGAUGAUGUCAGCAAGUUUCCACUGACUGUUGUCUCUGUGAAGACUGAAGAGCAUGAAGACAAACCACCUGAGUCCUCACAGUUUCAUCACAGUCCAAACGUCUGUGAAGAACAACUUCUGCCUGAAAAACAGGAGUGUAGAUUCAAGAGGAAGACGAGUCGCCACGGACCCUCUGGCAUCUCUUUUUCCUCUUUGACACAGACCCUUCCCUGUAAAAAGGAAGAGGAAGACUCACUGACCCCCCACAUUAAAGAGGAAGAGAAGGAACACAGCAUCAGUCAGGAGGGAGAUCAUCUAGAAGGACUGGUGGAGUUCCCAGUGACUGGUGUCCCUGUGAAGAGUGAAGAUGAUGAGGUCAAAGGUGAAAGUGAGGAGAAGAGAGAGGCGGAGCCUCCAAGCAGCAGCUCAACACAACACAUGACAACAGAAGCUGAUGGAGACCACUGUGGAGGAUCACAAGCAGACAAGAUCUUAGCUCCACUAUCGGAUAGUGAGGACACAACGUCACACUCUCCUGACACUGAUGAUGAAGACUCUAAAGAUGAUAAGACAAACACUCACUUCAAAUGUUCUCACUGCGACAAAACUUUUAAAUACCGUUGUCAACUGAAAACACACAUGAGAACACACACCGGAGAAAAACAUUUUACCUGUUCAAUCUGUAGUAAAGGUUUUGCACAAAGUCAAAAUUUGAAAGUGCACAUGAGAACACACACUGGUGAAAAACCUUUUUCCUGUUCAAUCUGUGGUAAAGGUUUUACACAAAAAAAUGUUUUAAACGAACACAUGCCAAUACACACUGGAGAAAAACAUUUUACCUGUUCAAUAUGUGGUAAAAGUUUUACACACAGUCAGAGUUUGAAAAAACACACAAUUUUACACACUGGUGAAAAGCCUUUUAUCUGUUCAAUCUGUAGUAAAGGUUUUGUACAAAGUAACAAUUUGAAAGUGCACAUGAGAACACACACUGGUGAAAAACCUUUUUCCUGUUCAGUCUGUGGUAAAUGUUUUGCAGAAAGUCAAAAUUUUAAAAAACACACAAGAACACACACUGGUGAAAAAUCACAUUCCUGUUCAAUCUGCAACAGAAGCUUUUGUGAACAAUCAACACUUAAAGCACACAUGAGAACACACACAGGAGAGAAAGUGUUGAGUUGCAGUGUGUGUGGUGAAAGAUUCUCUUACAAGUACCAGUGUAAGAAACACAAGUGUGCUGGUGAGAACAGCAGCAGCAAAUGAAACCUCAGGAUUUGAAACAAACUGUCAAAACUUAAAUUUUGUCUUUGUAACAACAUCAACACAUAAAACAUUUGCGACAUUGUUGUUUGUGUAACAAUCUUUUAAUAUGCUUCUAUUUUAUAUUAGUGUUUUGUUUUUUUAAACCGAGUACGUGCAAAGCCAUUUAUCAACAACACCCAGAAACUUCGCCGGCUUUGCAGGGCUCACGCUCUUCCCAG